AGAAACAUUUCUCCUUCCUAAAUCAAAACCCCGAAGCAAAUCAAAAACCCUACCCUUUCUUCCCAAAUGAAACCGAAAGAACACUGAUAAACAAAAUAAAAAAUAAAAAAAAGGAAAAGGAAAAGGAAAAGAGAAGAAAAGAAACCCAGAUCCUAAAACCCUUCUUGGAAGCCAUGAAAAGAGCUCUGUUGAGAAGCAUUUCACUCACUAGCAAUUUUCUUCACUCUUAUACCAAAACCAGUCAAAACCCAGUCCAUUCCCUCACCCCACUCGCCUCUUCGACUCGGUCUCGACUUAGGUUCUACUCGUCCGAGUCGGAUUCUCCCGACGAAAAGAAGCCUGACCCAGUUGCUGAAUCCACUUCAUUAGCUCAAGCCCAUGUCAAGGGUGUAGCUUUGGAUGUUGAGGACGUGAGUACUGAAGAGCUGAAAACGCGAAUUGAGAAGUACUUCAAAGGGGAUGAGGAGGCACUCCCCUCAGUUCUUGAGGCCAUUUUGAAAAGGAAAAUGCUUGGGAAGCAUGAGGAGACGGAUGAUAAUUUGUUGGAAGAAAUGAGGAUUCAACCAGUUGACGAUGUGACGGAUAGAGAGUUUGAAUCAGAUUUUGAAGAGUUGUACUCAACUGAUGAAGAGAUUGAUGAUUUGUAUAAUGCUAGGGAUAUAGCUAUGAAGAAAAUGGUCAAGGAUGAGUAUUUUAACAUGGAUGAUCAGAAGUGGGAUGAGAUGAUUAAGGAAGCGGUUCAGCAUGGAUAUCUUAAAGACACAAAAGAGUGUGAGGAGAUUCUAGAGGAUAUGCUUAGCUGGGACAAGCUCCUCCCAGAUGAGAUGAAGAAAAAGGUGGAAGAAAGGUUUAAUGAGCUAGGUGAUAUGUGUGAAAGAGGCGAGCUUGAAGUUGAAGAAGCUUAUGAGCUAUUCAAGGAAUUCGAGGAUCAGAUGGUCAUGGAAUAUGGAAGGAUGAUGGAAGCUGAGGGCCCACCCAAAUUUGAUGAGACUGAUGUGCCUGACAUGAAAAAGAACUUGGAUGACCCACCUGGUGAAGGGCCAAUCCUUAGGUGGAAAACACGGGUAGUCUUUGCUCCUGGUGGUGAUGCAUGGCAUCCCAAAAACAGAAAAGUAAAGAUGUCUGUUACAGUGAAGGAACUUGGGCUUUCAAAGCAUCAAUUUCGCCGAUUAAGAGAGCUUGUUGGGAAGAGAUACCAUCCAGGCAAAGAUGAGCUUACAAUUACUAGUGAGAGGUUUGAACACCGGGAAGAGAACAGAAAAGAUUGCCUUCGAACCCUCUUUUCUCUCAUUGAGGAAGCUGGUAAAGCUAACAAAAUGGUGCAGGAAGUUCGUGCUUCGUAUGUCAAGAACAGACUUAGAGCCAAUCCAGCAUUCAUGGAGAGAUUGCGUGCCAAGACUAUGAGAUUGCAAGCAUCUAGAACUCUAAAUGCAUGAGAGUUUGAUCUGCAAUAGUUGGCUUACUAUUCCAGACAAUUCGACCAUGCAUACUCACCUCAUUCUAUGGAUUCAUAACUCCUAUGCAUUGAAGCUUCUCAGGGGGUUGUUGUUGAAGCAAUUAUCAUUGUGUUUUAUGAGGCAUCACUGUAUUUCUUUUGUUUUGCAAAUUUUGCUUAACAAUUUACAAAAUGUUCCUUUCAUUAAAAGACAAUAAAUAAACUCACUUGGAUGCAUUUGAUUUC